ACCAACCCCAGGAAGGUGUGUUUAGCAGCGACCAUGCUGAACACGUGGAGGAUGGAGAAUGGCAGCGCUCGACUUCAACUACCUCAUCUCAGAGCGAGCGGGCAGAGCGACUCUUGCAGAACCAGCACAAGAGCCUGGCCUCUGAGGACACCAAAAAGAAGAGGGCUCAGAAACCGUCUCACAUGCGGAGGAACAUCAGAAAGCUGUUGCGUGAGGACCAACUGGAAGCCGUGACAAAAGCAGCCCAGCAGGAAGAGCUGGAGAGAAGAAAACGGUUAGAGCAGCAGCGGAAGGAUUACCCAGCCACAAUACCAACCGUACCUCUGGAGUUUCUUCCUGAGGACAUCGUUUUCAGAACAGCGGAGGCUACCCAGCUCCCCCCACAAGUCCUGGCUGAGGAAGUGAUCUGCCUAGAUAGUACCAGCAGUGGCAGUGAAGAUGAUGCUAAAGGAAAAAAUAGCAUUAAAGAUGAAGUGAUAGAGCUGAGUUCAGGAGAGGAUGAUGCCCUCCAAAUUGUGGACAGCAGUGACUCUAGCAAUGAAGGGGAGGAGGAUGGCAGUGAAGAGAGCAGUGGCUCUCAUGUGAAUGAUGCCUUAAAUCAGUCAGAUGCUCUGGGUCAAGUCAUUGUCAACAUCAAUCAUCCACCAAAUGAGGAGGACAUUUUCCUGGCUCCCCAGCUUGCACAUGCAGUAAAACCUCAUCAGAUUGGUGGGAUCCGAUUCUUGUAUGACAACUUAGUCGAGUCCUUGGAGAGAUUUAAAACCAGCAGUGGGUUUGGGUGUAUUUUAGCCCAUAGCAUGGGCCUGGGCAAGACCUUGCAAGUCAUCUCUUUCUUGGAUGUACUUUUUCGUCACACAGAGGCAAAGACUGUUCUUGCCAUUGUACCUGUGAAUACGCUCCAGAACUGGCUAGCAGAAUUCAACAUGUGGCUCCCUUUUCCUGCUGAUUAUAACUCCAAAGAGGUCCAGCCCCGCACCUUCAAAGUCCACAUCCUGAACGAUGAACACAAGACAACAGCUGCACGUGCAAAGGUGGUGAAUGACUGGGUGACAGAAGGUGGUGUGCUGCUGAUGGGGUACGAGAUGUACCGGCUCCUCUCACUGAAGAAGUCCUUUGCCACUGGCAGGAAGAAGAAAACAAAGAAACAGGCUGGUCCUGUCAUUAUUGACUUGGAUGAGGAAGAUCGACAGCAAGAGCUUCUGAAAGGGAUUGAGAAGGCUUUGUCUCGCCCUGGCCCAGAUGUGGUUAUCUGUGAUGAGGGACACCGGAUAAAGAACUGCCAUGCCAGCACUUCACAGGCCCUGAAGAACAUCCGCUCACGCCGGCGGGUGGUGCUGACGGGCUACCCGCUCCAGAACAACCUCAUCGAGUACUGGUGCAUGGUAGACUUCGUCCGACCUGACUUCCUGGGCUCUCGGCAGGAAUUCAGCAACAUGUUUGAGCGCCCCAUCCUGAAUGGGCAGUGUAUUGACAGCACCCCUCAAGACGUCCGUCUGAUGAGGUAUCGCAGUCAUGUCCUACAUAGCCUGCUGGAAGGCUUUGUGCAGCGGUGA